AUGUCCACUUCUCGUGGUAGUGCGCACAGAUCUGACCUUCAAGAUGUAACCGAAUGCCCAAUAUGUUGUUUGCGAUUUGAGCGGCCUCUUCAGCUCAGUUGUGGUCAUUCUUUCUGUGGAAAUUGUGUGGACAGAUUGAUUGCUGACGCUCGCAACGCUGCCAAUCGAAAUGACAAUUUUCCGGAACCAAUGCGAGGGAUAGCAGCUCCUAACAUAGAGCAAGGAAUGAAUCCGCCACAAUUUAAUCGCAUGGAUCAAGAGAUUUGGUGGCCGCUUAAUAGGCCUCAGAUGGUAGCGGCGCCGCCUCCGCCUCCGCCCGGAUUAGGAGGGAUUCCCCAUCCGCCACGAUAUGUUCUUCGCAAUUUCAACGACGAGGCGCCAUUCUUCCCACGUCGUGCCGUGGCUGCAAAUCCACCAGCUGAGAAUGUCAUAAAGUGUCCAGAAUGUCGUCAGUCGACUAGAGUGCCACCCGAAGGACUCCCAAUCAACUAUCGCCUGCAAGAGCUCCUGUCGCAUGUCACAGAAGUUAGUAAUCAAUCAAAUGACCAAUGUGACGCGGAUGGUAGUCCAUUGCCUAGAUGUUUGGCCUGUGAUGAUGUCAUUAGCAAAGGCGUAUAUCUCAUGUGUCAUACCUGCACCGGUGAAACCGUGCGUCAGCUUUGUUCAAUGUGUUGCCUUCGAAAUCACAACGGUCAUGAUAUUGAAGAGAAAAGAUUCCUUACGAUGCACGAUGUGACGGCCGCUAGAGACGUAGUUUCGGAAGCAACUGGACUUGGGUACCAGUAUGUUGACCUGGCAAUCAACGAACUCACUACGGCAACCGAAUCGACUAGAGAUUUGAUUCAAACGAGAGCGCAGAGUUUGCUGGUCGAGUUCGAAGCUAUCGCUAGUGGAAUCCAAUUCGAGAUGCUCUCAAGUAAUGACGAUCUGGACAACAAAGUUGCGACUGCUAAAGGAAUCAGCAGCAAGCUGGAACUGUUGCCUCGCAUCAUCAAAGGACUAGCUGAAGAGUUUCACAAUAGGAUUGCCGCUCAGGUGGAUGAAUUCGUGAAUAACAGUCCAAGUCAGAACGAUACCAGUUGCUCCGGGACAUCUGUUACACUACGUCUACGUAAGCUUGAUUUUGAAGACGAGAGACGAUCUGCUGCAAGGAAGUGUGCGUUGCUGCAGCGCAGGGUACGACAGCAUCGCUUGGCACAGCAGCUGGGUCAAAAUCUGCGAAGACGUGUGGCAAGUAGAGUACAGGAGGAAGGAAUACAAGAAAAUUAUGUCCCCGACCAAAGGGCUCAAGAAUCCGAACGUCGCGACCGUCUCCGCGAGGAGCGUCGUGUCAGUUUUCUCAUGGGCGAUGAGCGUAAUGAAGUGCGCCGUUUACGAAAACUGAGACUGCAUGCACUGGCCACGGAACCUACUAAUUCUGCCUCAAGAUCUGCUUCGCAAGCGGAAGAGGUCAAGAGAAGUCAAAGUGUCGAAAUUGUCGGAGAAGCUCCACCUGCUGUAGUCGAUCUGGAGCAGAGAGCUGAACGUUUGAUUAUUUCUCCUCAACGUCGACGAAAUAGGAAUGCAGGGAAUAACGCUGCCGCAGAACAGGACGUCUACGUUGAACAG